AUUGCCGUGUCGAGGAUACGAUAGUUUUUUUUUCGAAACAUGGAAUAAUUAUUCUAAUACAUCAUUUGUUUUCGGUCCAAAAUUGUCUACUUACGGCACAAAUUCUAGCAGCCUCUCAACAUAGAGUGUUCACACAAAAUUUCUUGCUAGAAGGUAUAUUAUUCCACAAGAGAUUUUAAAAUAAACUGUACAACAUAAACAAAACCACUUGACAGUUCCGGAAGACAAUCCAAUCAAUAAUAUUUACUCUGGCGAAUUGUUUACCGUGAGUCAGCGUAGAAUUUCGAGUGGUUCACAGUGGCAAAAAUCCGUACUUGGCAUAGAGAAAUAUGGAAAAUGCAUUCGCCCCGAUAAGUGAAGCCUGUGUGAAGGCACUCAGCGACAAAACCUACGAAAAACGGAGGGUUGCUGCCUCCGAGAUUGAAAAAAUGGUGGCCGAUUUCAACUCCAAGAAGAACGUUGCCCAAAUCAAGCGCAUUAUUGAGGUACUGAGUCGGGACUUUGUUACCUCGAACGAUUCCAACAAAAAAAAGGGAGGACUGAUUGCGCUAGCAGCAACAAGUAUAGCCCUGGGCAAAGAUACGGAAAUGUUUAUCGAUGAAAUCGUAAAUCCGGCACUGAAUUGCCUAAUGGACACGGAUACGAGAGUGCGUUACUUUGCCAGCGAGUCAAUUUACAAUGUGGUCAAAGUUUCGAGGGGAUCGAUCAUUCCAAUGUUUCCCAGUUUGUUCACGUCUCUGAGCAGGCUCGUUACGGAUCCCGAUCAAAACGUUAAAACCGGUAGUGAGUUGCUGGAUCGGCUACUGAAGGAUAUCGUUAUCGAAUCAGCUAGCUGCUUCGAUCUGGACGCGUUUAUGCCUUUGGUUAGAGAAAGAAUCAUGGCGAAAAAUUCGUUCGCGAGACAGUUUAUCAUUUCUUGGAUUUCGGUUUUGAACGCUGUUCCCGAAAUCAAUAUGGUACCUUAUUUGCCGGAGAUUCUACUCGGUUUGUUUCAAAUGCUGGAGGAUAAUAUGCCGGAAAUCCAGCGCAUGUGUGAAUCUCUGUUGACUCAAUUCCUGAAAGCGAUCAAAUCUGAUCCGGGCACUGCCGAUAUACCGCAGAUGAUGAAUGUUUUAAUCGUACAGGCGCAAUCUAGCAAUUUGUUAAUUCAGUUCACGGCGAUAAUUUGGAUCAAAGAAUUUGUGCAGUUGGCAGGCGGAGAAAUUAUUGGCUUUUCAUCGGGCCUUUUUACAGCAAUUUUACCGUGUUUGGCUUUCGAAGGCGAAUCGAAAAGGCAUAUUAAAGAAUGCGCCACUGCCGUGAAUGACCAUCUGCUGGUGCUGGUUUCAGCAAGGAACGAUAGGCAGAAGAAUCUACAAUACUUGGAUCUAGACUCGGUGAUGCAAGUGCUUCGACAGUAUCUGAUACACAGUUCAGUGCCGACAAAAAUAGCGACGCUGAGAUGGGUUCACCAUCUUUUUACCGAAGUGCACGAUGAGAUGUCGACUCACGCCAACAAUUUGUUCCCUUUGCUGUUGAGGGAUUGCCUCUCGGACAGUUCGGAUGAAGUGGUCCUGCAAACGAUUGUUGUGCUAGCUGAAAUUGUCAAUUCCGCAACCGCCAAAGGGAGCAACUUUGACCAGAUGCAGUACAAACAUUUCCUUAUGGAAUUGCUGACAAUGUUUAGUGAGAAUACGAUUUUCCUCGAGAACAGAGGAACACUUAUCAUAAGACAGCUUUGUAGGCUGUUGAACGCGGAGUACAUUUAUCGUACCUUCGCGGAGAUUCUACAGGACGAAACACCCAAUCUGAAGUUUGCCUCGACGAUGGUCCGGACGUUGAAUUUGAUUCUGCUGACGACAUCCGAUCUGUUCGAUCUCAGAAACACUCUGAGGGAUAUAAAAAACGAGAAAUCUGCUUCGCUCUUCGAGUGUCUGUACAAAUGUUGGUCGCAUUGUGCUGUUUCGACACUUUCGUUGUGUCUUCUCGCGCAGUGUUAUCAACAGGUUUCCGAAAUUGUGAUAUUAUUCGCUGAUAUGGAAAUCACUGUGGACUUUUUGGUUGAGAUCGAUAAAUUGGUCCAACUGAUAGAAUCUCCUAUUUUCGCUUCCCUCCGUCUGACGCUGAUAUCUCACGCUAACGAUAACGCAGAUGCACAACAUUUAUCUCGAGCGCUUUACGGAAUUCUUAUGUUGCUUCCACAAACGGAAGCGUUCAAUCUGCUGCGAAAUCGGUUACAGUGCGUGCCGAAUUAUUGGGGACAGCCUACCAAAGUGACCGCAAAAUCAUCAAACGAGAGUCAAAGUAAAAUAAAUUUUGACCAAUUGUUCGUUCAUUUUAAGAGAGUACAAGAUCUGCAUCAUCGACAGCGGUUAGAGCAUCGGAGAAAGAAUCAAGUCUAAUGCAGAGAAAAAAGGGCUUCCAGUUCGAUAUAAGCGCCAAAGCACUCAUAAGCCUUUGGGCUUUAUUCCCGUACACACUUCACGGUGAAAACGAAAUGAACGGCACGCCAUUGAACUACGUUUCACGAGUUAGUGCAGCGUCAACGAUAAUAAUGGGUUUUCAGGCAGAAUGAACACAUUUUGAAAAGAAAUUUUGAACGAAAAUUAACUUCUCCGUAUAAAAUUAGUGUUCAAUGUGAAUGGAAAACUUUGUUUUUUUUCAUGUGGUAAAAUAAUCUCUUUCAAAAAUUGUAUCUGAAUAUAAUUUCAUAUUAUAAUGAUUAGUUUUAGUGGAAAACCAAUUUCGUAUCCAGAUGUCCACACCCUAUCGUUGUCAUCGCGGAUACACUUUAUUCCAUUUUCACCGUGAAGUGAAAACGGGAAUAAGGCCCUUUAUAUAUAAGGGGCCUGAUUCUCGAAUACACUACGAACACACUUCACGGUGGAAACGGAAUGAAACGUAUUCGCGAUGACAACGGUAUGAUAUCGACAUCUGGAUACGAGAUUAGUUUCCCACUAAACUUAUCAUUAUAAUAUCAAAUUAUCUUCAGAUGAAAUUUUUGUAUGAGAUUAUUAUACCACAUGAAGAAAACAAAGUUUUCCACUCACAUUAAACACCAGUUUGAUACGAAGAAGUUAAUUUUCAUUAAUGAUUUUUUAUUUGAAAAGUGCUCAUUCUGCCUGAAAAUUCAUCUUCGACACUUCACUAACUCGUAAAACGUAGUUCAAUGCCGUGCCGUUUAAUUCGUUUCCACCGUGAAGUGUAUUUGAGAAUCAGGCCCAAGGUGUAGUGAAAUAAAUCCAUUGUUUUUCAAUAGAUGUUUAACGAGACAAAAUUUCGUACUAAAAGCUGUAUCGUUGAUCUAAACCGGAGCCUUUUAAAGUAUUGUCCACUUAGAAUCCGUACGAAGAAAUCACUUAUACAUUGGGGAUGGAAAGAAUAAAGAAAAGAGUAAUCAA